CUGCUAAUAAGUUCAACCUGGGCCUGGACUUGAGGACAGCAGCCUACAUUAAUUCUAUAGAAAAAAUAUUCACCACAUAUUCCGAAGCUGGACUUACAUUCUAAAUAAUCAUGACAUUAAAAAUCAGUAUUUGUACUUUACAGCUUGGCCUGUCGUAAUUUUAAAUUUACAUGAUAAUUGCAUAUCUACCUACGAUUUAAAUGUAAAAAAAGUAUUUGUUCAUAUUGCAAUAAAAUCAAUAAAACCUUUCAUUCAGUUACGUUACAGAGCAAAAAAUACAUACAUAAAUUCACAAUUUUUCGAAGAAAAUGCACAUGCUUCUUUUACCACUAUUUUGCACAAUAUUUCAUGCAAUUCUACUCAAUAUUUAUUAAAAUUGACAACUAAUACCGUUUGUUACUGACCUCUUAUGUUUUAUUGUUACGCCAACUUGUACGAAUUAUUAAAAAUGAACAGAAAAAAAGAAAAACGUUGAAGACCGAUUGUAGGAUUCCCCUGGCGAUCCCGACGAAAUCCAACUCGCAACUGGCCAUUCGACAGAGAACACCUGCAUUUUACUUUUUCUUCUCCUUUAUAAAAAAAACGACGCAAAUAACAGGGGCGUAGUAAAUAAUAUUUUCCCAAGAAAGACAUAAAAAUGAAAUAAUUUGUUAGAGACGUAUGUUUUGCCGCUUUUAAAAUAGUUAUUGUAAUAUAAUUAACGCAUGGUAAGUAAAAUUCUCCAAUGGUUAGUUAAAUAAACAAACAUUACUUAAAAUUAUUAUGAAAUUAAACUCAAACGUAGUUUAUUUUUAUUGAAAUUGUCAUAAUUGAUUUUUGAGUUUCUAUAACAACUAACGAUAAAUCUGAUUAACAAUUUUUUUAUUACUUGUAUUUGAAGUUGUCAAAAUGAAAUUUAUACUCGAUUUUUUUGUUAGACCGUGUCAUCGCAGAUUUUAUUCCCGGAAUCAUCCUUACGACUUUCCAGAAAAAUUAAGGGAUGCUUUUUAUUGUGCUAACGCUUUUUUGGUCGACUCCGUAAGAUGGUACAAACACACAGCUAUCGAACAUGUUUAUAGCGAUUUGGUCAACGAAGUUCGAAGAAAAAAUCCAUCAUUACCGGUGGAAGAAGCGAGACAAACUGUUAAAGAUUUAAUAGACGCUGGCGAUGUUUGUAGCAGUGUUUUGGAAAUUAAUUGUAGAGUAAAAUUGCAGGAUGGUAGAAAGAGGGUGGUCAAAGGUUACAGAGUUCAAAAUUCGUCAUUGCUUUCAAAUCAGACACCAUGUAUCGGAGGUUUGAGACUGUUGCGAAAUGAACAAAAACAUGAGUUAAGGGGUCUAGCAAUAUUAACAUCCCAGAGGAACGCUUGCAUGCGAAUCCCAUUGCUUGGUUCUCAUGGGUCCAUCUUAAUAGACCCAAACGAAUUUAAAAGAGAUGACACAAAGGAAAUCUUACAAAAAUACACGUCAGAAUUAUACAAACGAAACUUCUGUGGUAAUGCAAUUGACAUUUUUGAACCGGAUAUCGGCACUUCGUGUGAAGAAAUGGAAUGGAUAGCAAACACCCCUAAUACAGACACAAAUUGCAUCCCGAGUUCCUUUGUUAUUGGCAAACCUGACUCAUUUGUUAAUUCAGUUGGGAAUUAUAACGAAAUUUUGAAAGAUACUAUAGCUUACACCCUAGAAUUAUUUUUAAAUGACGAAAAAAUAAUGAAAACAAUCGAACUGGAAACAGGCCUGAAGAACAAAUCGUUUAUAUUACAGGGUUUGGGGAAGUACGGAUACCUUAUUGGUUCAAAAUUACAAGAAGAGGGAGCAAUCUGUGUGGGCAUCGAUGACAACGAUUGUUUCACAUAUUACUACGACGGUUUGGAUAUUGAUUCCGCUUACUCGCACAAGCAGAAGUUCGGCACUCUAAAAGAUUUUCAUUUCAAAACAAAACCGUACCAUUCCGAUUCUAUUUUGAAUGAAGAGUGCGAUUUACUUGUGUUGGCGGGAAAACAAAACGGCCUCGUGUACAACAUAGCCGAUAAACUUCAGGCAAAAGUUAUAGUUGAGGCUGCAUAUGGGGCUAUCACACCAACCUCCCAUAAGAUUUUGAUCGGAACCAAUAAGCUUAUCAUUCCAGACAUAGUCACCAAUGGUGGGUUUGCAGUAUUAUCGUACAUGGAACAUCUCAAAAAUGUGGAUUAUGUCGAAAAGGGAGAAAUUACUCAAAGAUUUUCAGAUUCAAUAAAAGAUUACUACGUUAUGGUAUGUCCUCGAGAAGAAGCUAAGCUGAUCGUUAAUUUUUCUGGGAAUAUUGUUCAAUAUCCCAACGAUAUCUUUCCGGAAACUUUAUCAGAAACUGAGCUAAUAAAAGGCAUAAUCGAAGGUUCCCUUAAUCAAGCAGUAAAAGAAGUAUUGGCUACAGCAAAACACUACAAGCUCGGUCUAGAUUUCAGAACAGCCGCCCAUUGCAAGGCUCUACUACAAACUUACAAACAUAUAUUUGAAUCGCAACUGUAUUAAUUUGUUGUUUAAAUAUACAAUUAUCUUUUACUAUUGCUUGCACCGCUACUGGCGUUUUAACCGUGAAUAAAACUGGA